UGACCAAAAAGACCGAAGUGAGAGAGAGAGAGUUGUGAAGUUGGUGAAGAACUCUGAACAACCAACUUCCCAAACCUCAAUAAUAAAAGAGACCCUUUUUAUGCUUUUCAGCUUCUUCUGAAACCAUUGAAAAAAUCAAUUAAGGUUUUGCAACAAUAACAACAACAAGAAUAGUUCAAGUACUGCUAGAGGAUGGGAACGAACGAAUGGCACAUCGAAAGAAGAUCUAGCUUUGAAACUGAAUCUCCCUUGGCAAGAGAGUCUCUAAAUGUAUCUGAAACUGGCUCACUCUCCAUUGUUGUGCUUGGUGCUUCUGGUGAUCUGGCUAAGAAGAAAACGUUCCCGGCACUUUUCCACCUGUAUCGGCAGGGAUUCCUACCACCAAAAGAAGUUCAUAUUUUUGGUUAUGCAAGGACAAAAAUCUCUGAUGAUGAACUGAGAGAUCGAUUGCGAGGCUAUCUUGUUCCUGCCAAAGAUGCUUCCGCAAAACAGUUGGAUGAUGUAUCGGAUUUUUUGAAUCUGAUCAAAUACGUAAGUGGCUCUUACGAUUCCGAGGAAGGUUUUCGCUUGUUGGACAAAGAGAUUUCAGAGCACGAAUAUUCGAAAAACAGCGCAGAGGGUUUGUCUAGGCGGCUUUUCUAUCUUGCACUUCCUCCUUCAGUAUAUCCAUCUGUUUGCAAGAUGAUCAAGACUUGUUGCAUGAAUAAAUCCAAUCUUGGUGGGUGGACACGUGUUGUUGUUGAGAAACCUUUUGGAAAGGACCUAGAAUCUGCAGAAGAACUAAGUACUCAGAUUGGAGAGUUGUUUGAGGAACCACAAAUCUACCGUAUUGAUCACUACUUGGGAAAAGAACUAGUGCAGAAUAUGUUGGUACUUCGUUUCGCAAAUCGAUUGUUUUUGCCUCUUUGGAAUCGUGACAACAUCGACAAUGUCCAGAUAGUUUUCAGAGAGGAUUUUGGAACCGAAGGUCGUGGUGGAUAUUUUGACCAAUAUGGAAUUAUUCGAGACAUUAUUCAAAACCAUCUGCUUCAGGUGAUCUGCAUGCAAUCAAAGUCUAAAGUAUUUUCUGUUGGCCACAAAAUGCAGGUUCUUGAAUCAGUAGUACCUAUUAGCGACGAUGAGGUUGUUCUUGGACAAUAUGAAGGCUAUAGAGAUGACCCAACCGUACCUGAUGAGUCGAACACUCCAACUUUUGCAACUGUUAUUCUGCGCAUACACAAUGAAAGAUGGGAAGGUGUUCCUUUCAUUUUAAAAGCAGGGAAGGCCUUAAAUUCUAGAAAGGCAGAGAUACGAGUUCAAUUCAAGGACGUUCCUGGUGAUAUUUUCAAGUGUCAAAAGCAAGGGAGAAAUGAGUUUGUUAUCCGCCUACAGCCUUCAGAAGCUAUUUACAUGAAGCUUACGGUCAAGCAACCCGGUUUGGAGAUGUCUACCGUUCAAAGCGAACUGGACUUGUCAUAUGGGCAGCGGUAUCAAGGGGUUACCAUUCCAGAGGCUUAUGAGCGGCUCAUUCUCGACACAAUUAGAGGCGAUCAGCAACAUUUUGUUCGUAGAGAUGAGUUGAAGGCAUCAUGGAAGAUCUUCACCCCAUUGUUGCACAGAAUUGAUAGAGGGGAGUUCAAGCCACUCCCUUAUAAGCCAGGAAGUAGAGGUCCGGCAGAAGCCGAUGAAUUGCUGCGAAAAGCCGGCUAUGUUCAAACACACGGUUAUAUAUGGAUCCCUCCUACAUUGUAGAUUUUUCAGUUGCUUACAAUAUAAAUAUAUAUAUAUACAAUAAAAACCUUGUAGAGUGAGCAAAUUGUAAUAAGCAUGAGGAUUUUUGAGUUGGUUUUAAUAAGCUUUGAGGAACUUUCCUUGAGAGCUGCACUCUCCUAUAUAUAAUGGGAUGGUGUGUGUAAGUUGUAAGACCAAGCAUAUGAAGGUUGUGUACUUAGUUUAUGGAUUUUCUAAUAAAUGUAUUUUCUUCAAAAUCGAGGUGGUUGGGUA